AGUGCAAAGCUAAACUCUGCCCUAGCUCUGUUUCCCCAGUUGCUACGUAUGUGCUGAAACAAGAGUCAGCUCCGUUCCUUGAUCCAGGCUUCUGUUUCAGAUGGACACCUGCUGCUUCAGGAAUUAGUGGGCUAAAAAAACCCCCAUAAAGGAAACCGCUGAAGCAAAUGGAGUUUGGUUGUUGUUGUGGAACUGAUUCUUCAACUGUGCUGCCGCCUGAUUCUCCGGCAACCCUGGACUUCUCGAUUCGACAGCGUCCAUCCACUAUGCUAAAGAAAAGGGACACGUAUGUUGGUGGUUUGUGACCCUUUUGGGACGGUGGUUUACAGUGAAAGGGCAUUCAGAAGGAAGGAGGAUAGCUUCCAGUUGCUGGAAGUUGUCAGUGAACUCUGCAGUAGAGGCACAAUGGCCUCCAUCCGAGAGGUGUCCAGCAUAGCCGAAGACCUGCUCUGCUCCAUCUGCCUCUCCAUUUUCCAGGAGCCCCGCAUGCUGGGCUGUGGCCACAAUUUCUGCCUGUCUUGUUUGGAGAGCUGCGUCAUCGCCAAGGGUCAGCCUGAGGGGACGUGCCCUGAGUGUCGAUGCCCUUUCAGCCUUCAGGAUGCCGUGUGCAACAGAGUCCUGGCCAACUUGGCGGAGAAGGCCCGACUCCUCAAGUUGGAGGAGGGAAGCCAGUCCGAUGGGCCUAGGUAUUUUUGUGAGGAGCACGAGGAACCUCUUAAGCUCUUCUGUAGUGAGGAUGCGGGGCUGGUUUGUGUGAUCUGCCGGGAUCUGCCACAACAUCAGGAUCAUCACUUUUUGCCUGUCAAGAAUGCGGUGAAAGAAUGUCAGGGUACACUGAAGACGUCUCUUGAACCCUUGGAGGACGGCAUGAAGUGGGCCACAAAUAAUAAGUCUCGCCAGCAGGAAGAAAUGGAAGAACUGGAGAACUUGAGUCAACGUUUGUAUGGCCAAAUCUACAUCGAGUUUGAGAACCUUCGCCAAAUCCUAGAUGCAAAAGAGCAGAGCAUGAUGGAUACUGUGAAGCAAAUGAAGGAGGACAACCAAGCCGAAAUGGAAAUGAGGCUGGGCUACCUAAAAGCCUACAAGUCCUCUCACGCCGAAACCAUCUCCAGGGUCCGAGCUGCACUUGAGGAGUCAAAUGAAUUCGCUUUGCUGCAGGGAAUCAAGGAACUGAUGGCACGGAUCCAGGAUUGUCUCGAAGAAAGAAAUAGAGAAGCAGAACAUGAGGUGUCCUUUCAUGACCUGGAGGCCGAGGAAGCUGAGGACAAUGAUAUUGAAGAUGAAAAGUCUGUUGUAGAUUUGCCCGAAGGAAAGGGAAAUGAAACAAAAGAUGAUGACAGGGAAGCGUAUGGCGAAUACCAGGAGGCUGAGGAAAGUCAGGAUACUGAGGAAACUGAGGACAUAAUACCCGUGGAUCCUGCUCUUGGUGAGCUGGAAGAGUGGCUAGAUUUUGAGACCUGGAAAGAAAUGUUAGAAAGCAUCAGUAUUGGUGAGGACUACAAUGCAGACUCGUCCUACUGGUUCCCAUCAUCCCAGGAAGACAUGCUCCAACCUAGAGAGGACAGUACCUCUGAGGCAGCUGAGGAAAAAGCAGCAUCUCCGAAAGGAGACCCAACUUGGAUAGUAGAUGUUGUCACUUCAGUACCAGAUAAAGUUGCCUCAGAUCAGCCAAGCAGCUGCUCUGUCACAGCUCUGCCCACAGAAACGGGCCUCCUUGGUCAACCACCCAGCAUCUGCACAACUAACUACUUCCCAGUGCCUGUUUUCCAACCAAUACCACUUUACAAUGCAGUGCAAAGAUGGAGUUCCCCCUAUAGAGGGAGGCAGAACACCAGAAGGGGCUGGGGCAUGCCCCCAGGCGGGGGAGCCCCAGCUAGGCCUCGCUUUUGGUCCAGACAGGGACAAGGCAGAUCCUUUCCAACUACACAGAAACCCCAACAUGUUGUGGGGAGCUGGAGCUCACCCAAGAAAGACACAUUCAAAACUCAAGAGGCUGGUGACUCAGGACGAGGAAGGGGUUGGUUCAGUUACAGGAAACCUCAAUCUAGUGGGAGCAGCAUCUCAGGUCAGAGAGGUGGAGGAGGGACACAGUCACCCAAGCCCAGAGGGGCUCAGAAUUCAGGGCAAGGAAGUUCAGGGCAAGGCCGAGGAAGUUCAGGCCAAGGUCGAGGGUCUGCCCAUCCACUAGGCCGAGGAAGUUCAGGCCAAGGUCGAGGACCAGGCCGAGGAAAUUCAGGCCAAGGCCGAGGGUCUGCCCAUCCACCAGGCCGAGGAGGUUCAGGGCAAGGUCGAGGGUCAGCCCACCACAGUGGAGGACAAGCUUCCUCAAACAAGGGAACCAAUUGGCAGACAUCUCACCGUGGAGGUCGUGGCUCUGGUUCAGCCAAAGGUUCUGGCAGGAAGUAGUCACUUUCCCACCCAUUACCCCCAGAAGAGGCUGCAUGUGAAUGAGAGGAGGAACAAGAGAAGGCUGGGAUGACACACCAAGGCACCUGAUAUUCAUUAUCUCAUUCUGACCAGGAAAUGUUUGGGUCAACAUUCUCUCUGAGUCAUCAGUCUGAAAGCUGUAGCAUUUAGCUAGAGGUUCAUGAAUUCAGAACCUUUGGACCAGCUCCCUACCCACCAACCACCGGUUAAUCAGGUAACAGAUUUUAAAAAAUGUUUUUCUUACAACUAAAAAUGCUACUGGCUGAUGCCAUCUUAGGGGAAAUGCCUAUUGGGGUGCUGUGUGGUUUCCGGGCUGUACGGCCAUGUUCUAGCAGCAUUCUCUCCUGACGUUUCGCCUGCAUCUGUGGCUGGCAUCUUCAGAGGAUCAGAUCCUUUGAAGAUGCCAGCCACAGAUGAGUUUAAGUAAGGCUUUCGUGAGACGCCUUUUCUGGAAACAAUUACUGUUUUAAGUGUAUUUAUGGAAAUUGUAUUCAUGUUGUUUUUAUAUAUACUGUUUUAUGUUGUACACCACCCAGAGUCCUUUGGGGAUGGGGCGGUAUAUUAAAUAAAUAAAUAAAUAAAUAAAUAAAUAAAUAAAUAAAUAAAUAAAUAAAUAAAAAUAGAUGAUGAUGUGCAGUUUGGUAUUAAUGUGGAGCAGACACUACCCUUCAGAUGUU